AGUAAGAGGUCCUGAGGAGAGACGAGGAAGAUCAGGGGAGAGCCCAGAUAUGAAGGAUUUUGAUGAGUUUAUUGUGACAACGGAUUUAGUGGAUGUUAAGUUGUCGAAUAGAAGGUAUACAUGGUACAAGCCAGACGGCACAGCAAAGAGUAGAUUGGACAGAUUCCUAUUGAGUACGGAGAUGAGUAAUGGGGAAGAAGAGUGGAUACAACAAGGAUUGCCAAGGAGUAUCUCUGAUCAUUGUGCUAUCGUGUUGAAAUCCAGAACAACAGAUUGGGGACCAAGACCCUUUCGGGUUUUGGACGCAUGGCAACAACAUCCAGAUUUUAAGAAGUUUGUAGAAGAUAAAUGGAGUGAGAUGAUGGUGGAGGGUUUUGCAGGGUAUAAAUGCCAGCAAAAGUUGAGAUUGUUAAAAGGUUUUUUAAAAGGCUGGAACAAGGAUGUUUUUGGGAACAUGGAAGCUCAAUAUGAACAAGCUGUAGAAAAGAUUGAGCAAGUGGAUAUGCAGAACGAAAUAUCAGACCUGGAAAUUGUUGAGAUUGUGAAAAGGCAAGAGGGUUUUGCUGAGAUGUGGGAUGUUUUGAGAAAGAGGGAAAUUAUCUGGAAGCAGAAGUCAAGAAGUAAAUGGGUGCAUGAGGGAGACGCAAAUACCCGCUUUUUUCAUAGAGUUGCAAAAGGAAGAAGAGCACAAAACAAUAUUGCGGGUUUAAUGUGUGAUGGGGCAUGGAUUGAUGAUCCAGUUUUAGUUAAAAAUGAGAUCGUUAGAUACUUCAGCAGAUUAUUUCAAGGAGAGGCAUGGAAUAGACCAAAGCCUGGGGAUAUUAAAUUCCAGCAGCUAUCCGAGGAGAAAAAAGAUUGGUUGGAAAGACCCUUUUCGGUUGAAGAAAUAGAGGAAGGCUUAAGGAGCUGUGAAGGGUCAAAGGCUCUAGGACCUGAUGGUUACAACUUUAAUUUUCUUAAAUUUGCGUGGCACUGCAUAAAGGAGGACUUCAUCAACUUUUUUACGGAAUUCCACUGUAAUGGUAAAUUGGUGAGGGGUCUAAACUCUUCUUUUUUAACCAUGAUUCCUAAAAAGUUGAAUGCAGUAGAAUUAAAGGAUUAUAGACCCAUUAGCUUGAUAGGAUGUGUCUAUAAAUUAUUAGCGAAGGUGCUGGCUAAUAGAUUGAAAUCAGUAAUAUCAGAAAUAGUGAGUGAAACGCAAUCUGCUUUUGUGCGGGGCCGGCAGCUGGUGGAUAGUGUCUUGGUGCUGAAUGAAGUUGUGGAUGAAAUAAAGAAGAAGAAACAGCCAGCCUUUGUGUUUAAAGCAGAUUUCGAAAAGGCUUAUGAUUGCGUAGAUUGGGCCUUUUUGGAUUGGAUGAUGGAGAGUUUUGGAUUUGGAACAAAAUGGAGAGGUUGGAUUAAGGAGUGUCUUUCAACGGCGAGAAUCUCGGUUCUGGUAAACGGAAGCCCGACAAAGGAAUUCGAGGUGGGUAAAGGGUUGAGACAAGGUGAUCCUCUAUCUCCUUUCCUCUUUUUGAUGGUUGCAGAGGGGUUACAAGGUCUGAAGGCUACUACUCUUUCCUUUGGAGGCCGCCUCGUCUUGCUAAAUUCGGUACUCUCUGCUCUUCCUAUUUUUUAUAUGUCUUUAUAUUUAUUACCUAAUGCUGUGAUUGAGGAGUUGAUUAGAAUUCAAAGGAGGUUCUUAUGGGGAGGGGCAGAUCUAAAUAAGAAAAUUCCAUGGGUUAAAUGGGAAUACGUAUGUCGAGCUAAGGCGAAGGGGGGGCUCGGGGUGCUUGACUUACAGAAUAAAAAUUGGGCUAUGUUAGGAAAAUGGUGGUAUAGGUUUGGCGACGGGGUCGAGAGUUUAUGGAAAAGGGUGGUGAGGGAGAAAUAUUAUGGGGGUAAGAGGGAGGUCGAUAUUACUACGAUUGAGUGUUUAAAGGUGUCUAAGAUUUGGAGGGACAUUAUUCGGAUUGGGGGUCGAUCUCCCAAACUUAGGAAUAUAUUGGCUGAGGGUUUCAAGUGGGAGGUGGGUGAAGGAAAUAGAGUGGGUUUUUGGUCUGAAAAGUGGAUUGGUGAUAAAAGUCUUAGGGAUUUGUUCCCUAGGUUAUUUGCUCUUUCUGUGAAGAAGGAUGGAAAGGUCUUUGAGAUGGGGAGUUGGGAAGAGGGUAGAUGGUGGUGGAGGAUGGAGUGGAGGAGGGGGACAAUAGGGAGAGAGAAAGAUGAGGAGGUACGGUUGGAGAAGAUGCUGGAGGGUGUCAAACUAAAGGAGGGAGCAGGGGAUGUUUGGAAGUGGAUUCAUGCGAUGGAUGGCAAAUAUGGGGUGAAGAUAGCGUAUGAUUUUCUAGCUACUUCGGAGGGUGUCUUGGAGUACCAGAUGUGUAAACUAAUAUGGUGUAGAUUGGUGCCAUCCAAAGUGGCUUUUUUUGGGUGGCGGUUAUGCUUAGAUAGACUACCAACUAAGGAUAACUUGCAAAAACGUGGGAUAGUGUUACAGGAGGGGUUUCUCUGCGAUUUCUGUAAGGGGAAGGUGGAGGAAGUAAACCAUUUAUUCUGUUUGUGUUAUAAUGCAUGGUUAGCGUGGACUCAGGUGUUGAGGUGGUGGGGCUUGGAGGCUGUUUUUCCUAAUACAGUUAGGGGAAUGGCAGAUUUUUUCAUUGGAAGUUUGGGCAGAUUAGUUGGAAAAGAGAUGGGUUCAUGUAUUUUCCUAGUGGUCGCCUGGUAUCUAUGGUAUAGUCGGAAUGUUCUAGUGUUUAGAAAAGAUGAGGGUUUGCCAGAGAACUUGAUGGAAAGAAUGCAAGUUAAAACAUUUAUAUGGAUUAAAGCCAAAGUCAAUGGCUGUGGUUUCUCGUUUUACGAAUGGCAGACUUACCCAAUGGAGUGUGCUAUGGCUGUCAAAAACCAUAAAAGGUUGCGGAAGCAGUUCUUUAAAGCUUGCAUGCCGCGGAGAUGAUGGCUAGGCGGGUCUGUUUUGUUUCAUAAAUGUAGUAUGUGGGCUUCUGUGGAUUUUUGUUUGUGAUUAGUAUGCUGUAUCAGUUGCUGGUUUUCAGGAGAUUGGAUCUCCUCUAUUGUGGUUUCCAUUUUUUGUAUAUGGGCAGGAGCACCCCUUGUGCUUCAUUAAAUUAAAUUUUCUUUA